UUUCAUAUGACACCGACGCAUUGAUUGGUCGAGGAAUUUCGCGGAUUCCCGAAGAGAAGUUCAAGAAAUCCAUUCAUUGAUCAUCGGAGAAAACCCUUGGAAUCCGUCCCAUCUGGUCAACGAAUCUCACCGUAAAAAGGCUCUGGUCUUCAGCUUCAGAAGCCAUGGAAGCAAAUCGGAGCAUAAGCAAAACGAUGCAAAGUGAUAUUUCUUAUUUUGAGAAAUUCAUUAACACUAACCCUAAUCAGAUUAACCAAAAGAAUUCAUGGGGUCUGACUAGCCUGAUGGUUGCUUGUCGACUGGGUGACACACGUCUAGUCAACAUGUUCAUAGGUGCUGGCGCCAAUUUGGACAUAAGUGACCGAUUCCAUAAUACAGCUUUACAUUAUGCUGUGAUCGGACAGCGAUGUGAUGUUGUGGCCCUCAUGCUCUCCAAGGGAGCCGAUGUCAACAUUCAGGAUGUCCAAGGCAACAACCCUCUCCAUCUGGCUCUAAAGAAGAAGGUCUCUCAAGAUAUAAUGGAAGCUUUACUCAUGACAGGAGGGAGACAUACCAUAAGGGUCAAUCAACGAAACGAACAUGGUUGCACACCUCUACAUCUGGCCUGUGACGGUGGAUAUACAGAUAUUGUUCGUCUGUUAUUGACAUCCAGGGCUGAUGUCAACACCGGUGAUAAUCUUGGCAACACACCUCUACACCUGUCCUGUGGUGGUGUAUACGCAGAUAUUGUUAAACUGUUAGUGGACGCUAGAGCUGAUGUCAAUAAGAGAGAUACUAAUGGUCACACACCUCUACAUUUGGCCUGUUACGGAGGACAGACGGAUAUCGUUUACUGUCUCCUAGGAGCUGGAGCUGAUGUGAAUGUAGUGAACAAUGUAAAUGGCGGAACACCUCUCCAUGAUGCAGUCCGAGGGCAAUGUCCUAAUGUGGUGGUAGCGAUACUGUUGCAGGAUCGAGUGAAUUUGGAUGUCAAGAACCACAACCAGAGAACCCCGUUUCUUUUGGCUGUCUCCGAGGGCCACCUCGGAAUCAUUCAUAUGUUGAUUGACCAUGAAGCAGAUAUAAACACCGUUGAUGCUGAUGAUAACAACUGCCUGCAUCUUGCCCUGGAGAAGGAGAUGUUCCGUUCUGCGGAUGAGUCCUUGGAAAUUUUAGAUGAGGGCUGCACUAAACUGUCUUUGAACGAGAAUGACAGGCUUUCCGGAAUAGCAGUCGCGUAUUAUUUAGCUCAUCAUGGAGCUAACUUUUACCACCAAAAUACCAAGAACGAAGUCCCACUGGACCGUAUUACGAACCCAGAUCUGAGAGAAAAAAUAAAAACAAUUUUCACCCCGCCAUUGCUGUGUAUGUUUUGUGAAAUUAACCAUCCCAUAGUAGAAUUCCAUCCCUGCGGCCAUACUUUGAUCUGUGAGACAUGUUGUUCAAAAGUUCCGCUUAGAAGUUGUCCUGAGUGUCGACUAAGGAUAACCAAAAAAUCUGGACGUGAUGGGUCCCAUGUGGAAGACCAGUUCACGUGUUCAAUAUGCAUGGAGCGUCCAUGGAACAUGGUAUUUGAAUGUGGCCAUACCACUUGUAAAGAAUGUGGAGGACAACUCACUCAGUGCCAUUUGUGUAGGAAACUAAUUGAGAGAAAGAUAAUUAUUAAAUGUUAAUUAAACCG